AUGGGAAUCCGAAGUAUUUUCUGGAAGGUUCUCUCCGGAAGAGGUCAGUUCUUGUUUCAAAACAUUGAGUGCUUUGAACUUUAAAAAAAAGAGUUUUGCAGCUCCCGAGAACGGAGGAUGGAUUGAUAGUCUGCAGGUGGAGCAUUUCGAUCCGUUCACUCCGGGACAACUCACCAAGAACUUCACGGCUACCGUUCGUAUUUCUGUUUUUGUUGCAAUUUUCGAGCAUUUCAGGUUGCUGAUGAGAUAAGUGUGACACGUGGCACGACUGUCAAAGCGCUCUACCGCGACGAUCAAUGGAUUUAUGUGCAAGUUUCUGACGGAAGAAGGGGCUUCAUCCCCCAGACUUACUGCAAGCUUUUGCUCAAUGGUGAGUGAGAUUAAUGAGAAGGGGACAGCUUGAUAACCCUUUAAUUACAGAUCGGAAAAGAGGGGACAGAGUGAGAAUCUGCUCGAUGUCGGUAUUGAAUUAAACGUUUUGCUCAGAAAAAGGGAAUCGGCUCGAGUGCCACGUUGGAUCGUCGAUGGGAAAAGUCGAAUUUGCAGAGGUUCAUAGACAGUCUUCCGGUGCAAAAAGAGGAAGGAGAGCUGUUUAAGAUGGUCCCCGCCGCCGCGUUCCAUCUGAAAUUUAAUCCGCCAAAGUUUCAGGACGAGUUGUUCGAGGCGCCCGUUCUCCUCUCGUUCUCCGCUUCUGCUCCGGACGAUUUGUCGGUCCGCGAGGGCGAAACCAUCGCAGUGCUGAACGUGUCCGACUCCGAAUGGGUCUACGUUCGCAAUUCAGAAAAUCAGUCGGGAUUCGUGCCGGCGACGCACGUCCGAAUUCCUCCUGACGUUCUGAACCGACCGCUCAAGGAAAAGUGGUAAUUCCAUGUUUCAUUUCGUUUUCAAAUCUUCCUCUUUCUAGGGAGAACGAGAAUCUUCUGGUCGUCGAGUCGUUCGCCGGUCGGACGCCUCUCGAUCUGACAGUCAGACCAGGAGAAUGGAUUAAGUGCACUGGAAAACCCGUUGAUGACUGGCUGUGGGCGGUCCGAGUUUCGGAUGACAAGCAGGGAUUUAUUCCGAACAAAGUCGUCAUUCUGGCCACAGAUCUUUGA